UUUAUUCACGCUUAAUUUCCCAAAAAUGCAUAAAUUCAUGUUCGUUUAGUGUGCCAACAUCACUUUUUAUUUUGCCAGCCAUUUUCUGUUUUUUUUUUUUAUUUUUUUCUCACGGUUCUCUUGUCAUUUCCAAUUGCUUUUAAUAUUUUUUCUUUUUUUUUAAUGUUUAGCCUUAAAAAACUAAAGAAAAAAUUUUUAUUCACUCUUUAUUUAGAUAAAAGAGAAUUUUUUUCUCGAAUCGAAUCGAGAUGUAAAAUGCGAACACGUAGGAACCGAAAAUAAAAAUUUUUGUCGUUCUCGAGUAGUUUGGUUAGAGGGCCAUUUUUAGGGGGGAGAAAUCGAAAAUGUUUUUUUGUUUGGGCUGUUCGGUUAUUGCUUGGGAGGGCUUUCAUUCGCCAUGUAUUAGAGGUGAUUGUGUAUAGGUCGGCCUCUCACCGUUGGAUCCAUAUUAAUUUCACUUUGUGUCACUUCAAACCUCCGGCCCUUGUCCCCCAAACAAUGGGACUUUUUUCCGUCUUCAGAAAUCGGUCAGUUAUUGCUGGGGGCUUUCAUUCACCAUUUAUGAACACGUUCACCUCUGACUGAGCUACCACUGGCUCUUUUUUCCUCUUUUUAGCAGGAAUAAUCUCCGACUGAGCUACCGGAGCAUUGCUGCUCUUACUUACUCUUUUCUAGAAGGAAGGAUCCCCCUUUCAAAAUUUUUAAUUUUAAAAAAUAAUUUUUAUUCUUGCCUUUGUUUAAAAUUAAUUUUUUCCUUUUUUUUCAAAGGUUUCUGAAAACUUAGAAAAGCAACAAAAAUAAACAAAUAUCAAUAACCUUUUCUAAAAUAAUUGGCAAUUUUUAAUUGGAAAAUGGGUGAAUACUAUCAACAACAAAAAGGGGGUGGUGGAGGUUAUGGACAAGUAUCUUAUGGAUAUCCAGCUAUGCACUGCAACAUUUCAAGGGCUUAUAUGGACCUAACUGAAAUGGAAAGAAAAUGUUUAGAACAACGUAAAUAUUGGUGUUUUUUACUUUCUUCAAUUGUUACAUUUUGUGUUUCUAUGCUUUUGGUUGUUAUUUGGAGGAUAUCAACACAUUUAUUUUUACAACCAAGAGAAAGAGGUGGAGGAGGUGGAGGUUUAUCCGAACCUUUAAUUCAAGAUGUUGAAAGCUACAAACAAGGAGGAAUAAUUAAAACAAAAAUUGCGGCAACAACAAAUCAAGAAAUGAGAAAAGAACCUGUACAAAUUGGGUGGAUGACGGAAGCUAAGGAUUGGGCUGGAGAAUUAAUAUCUGGACAAAGCAUGACUGGACGUAUUUUAGUUGUUUUAGUAUUUUUAUUGUCAAUUGGAUCCUUAAUUAUAUAUUUUGUUGAUACUUACAGAGAUUCUUUUCAAGUUGAAACUUGUGUGCCAUGGAGUGAAAGUCCAACUCAACAAAUUGAUUUAGGUAAAUUUUUUAGAAGGAAAAUAUUUGCGGGGCUUUUUGCUGGCUUCAAUAUUUUCUUUUUAAUUUACUUCUUUAUUCGCUUUAUUGCUGCAUCUGAUAAAGUUUGGUUUUUGUUGGAUCGUUACAGUUUUGUUGAUUUUUUUACAAUUCCUCCAAGUUUUGUUGCAAUUUAUUUGGAACGUAAUUGGAUUGGUCUCCGUUUUCUACGAGCAUUACGUUUAAUGACAGUCCCAGAUAUUCUUCAAUACUUAAAUAUUUUAAAAACUUCAUCUUCAAUUCGAUUAACCCAACUACUUUCAAUAUUUAUUUCUACAUGUUUAGCCGGUGCUGGUGUUAUUCAUUUACUCGAAAAUAGUGGAGAUCCUUGGAAAGAUUUUGUCAAUUCUCAUCGAAUUUCUUAUCCCGAUUGUGUUUAUAUUUUGCUAGUUACAAUGUCGACUGUUGGUUAUGGAGAUAUUUAUUGUACAACAGUUUUGGGUAGAGGCUUUAUGGUAUUUUUCAUUCUUGGAGGUCUUGCAAUGUUUGCUUCGUUUGUACCCGAAAUUGCAGAAUUAAUUGGUAAUAGGCAAAAAUAUGGUGGAGAAUAUAAAGGAGAACAUGGAAAGAGACAUAUUGUUGUUUGCGGGCAUAUAAAUUACGAAUCAGUUUCACAUUUUCUACAAGACUUUUUACACGAAGACAGAGAAGAUGUUGAUGUUGAAGUUGUUUUUUUGCAUAGAGUAGUUCCAGAUUUGGAAUUGGAAGGACUUUUUAAAAGGCAUUUUACUAAAGUGGAAUUUUUUACAGGCACAGUGAUGGAUUCAAUAGAUUUACAGCGUGUAAAGGUAGAUGAAGCAGAUGCUUGUUUAGUACUUGCAAAUAAAUAUAGUUCUGAUCCUGAUGCUGAAGAUGCAGCAAAUAUAAUGAGAGUAAUUUCAAUAAAAAAUUAUUCUUCAGAAAUUAGAGUAAUUGUUCAAUUAAUGCAAUAUCACAAUAAAGCAUAUUUAUUAAAUAUUCCAAGUUGGGAUUGGAGAAGGGGAGAUGAUGUUAUUUGUUUGGCUGAAUUAAAGGUUUUUUUGUUUUGAAAAUUUUUAAGGAUUGUGGGGGAGGGGAAAGGAAGGAAGUGGUGAGUCUAUUACUCGAAGCCUGGACCCCUGAUUUUUUUGACCCUGAAAAUGUUUACCGUGACCAAGAUAAAUUUUGCCAGGGUUCAGGAAACGACCGUAACCCUAGCAUUUUUUCAUGGAUUUUUUUAAAAAUAAGAAAUUUGGCUUUUCGAUUUUUCAAAAUUCUCAAAAUCAAAUUUAGGCUGUAUUCAAAUUUUGUAACUGGCCCGACUCAAAAAUUAACCCAUCUCUGUUAGAAAUUUUUACAAACCCAGAUUAAUUAUUUUUUUAUACUCUUAUCUUUUCUCCUCCCCUCCUUACAUUUUUACUUAAUUUGUUUUUUUAAAGUUGGGAUUUAUCGCUCAAUCAUGUUUAGCACCAGGAUUUUCAACAAUGAUGGCUAAUUUAUUUGCAAUGCGGUCAUUUAAAACGGUUUUUCUUUUUGAAAUUUAAGAAUAUUCGUUGUUUGAUUUUUUGCUUUUUUAAUUUUUCGUUUAACCCUGAUUUUCUUUUCUAAAAAAUUCCCUAAAUUUAUAAGAAAUUCAAGAUUUUUUUGGGUUUAAUUAACUUUAAUUCUAACCAAGGAAAAAGAUGGGUUGGGUCGGCGAUUGUGAAUUUGCUAGAAAAAUUUUUUGAAUUUUUGCUCAUUU